AUGUGGACGGGGGGGUGGACUGCGUGCUGCUGCCUGCUCCUCCUUCCAGCCUUCUCCCUGUGGACGCUGCGAGCGGGGUUUGACUACCAUGGGGCAACGCUGUGCUUCCUCAACAUGCUGGUGGCAUUGUUCGCCGCGUGUGCCCUGUGGCUGCACUCCGAGAGACUGGCUCAGAAGUAUAUCAAGUAUGCGCUGCACCACUGCAGUCGUGGGGAUGAAGCGCGUGGUCUCGCUGCCGGUGUUUCCCGCGUAUCACCUGUGUUGCCCGCGGUGCUAUCACUGGUAAUGUUUCUGUAUGCAUUUUGGCAUGUCGUCGCAGCGGUGCUAUUUCUGCUCGUAGAAACCGGAAUCUGGAGGCGUUAA